UUUCAAGAUGCAUUUCUCCCUUGCUUCCGCCGUCACCAUCAUGGCUGCUCUCUCUACCAGCGGAUCCGCCUUUGUAAUCGACACCUUCAGUGGUACCAACUGCGACAAAUCCGUCCAAAAAGGCGUCAACACCUGGGACAACACCUGUGCGACGUGGCCCAAAGGUUUUAAGUCUUUCAAGAUCACAACCUGGGGCGGUAAGGGUCAGUACGGAUACUUCUUCGCGCCCAAUAACUGCGGCAGCCUUCCUGGGGCCAUUAAAGGAGGCUAUGUGGAUUCCACAACAAAGACUUUCAAGCUUGGACAAUGCUAUAACUUCAAUGGCGCAUCUGCCAAUGCAAUUGCUUCGUACUCUGGUUGAUAAGUAUGCGAAUUCAACAAGGAGUCUAGUGGUAUUGUGAAUUGCUGCAGGAGGAAACACGGAAAGAAGGAUUCAUUCUUUUUGAACAGGAUUCGCAAGAGACUCUCAUUCACGUUUUCUUUUACAGUCUAGUAUGUUGGACGUUGUUCCAUCCUGAAUUGGUUGAUAUAGGCAAUCCAAAUCUUGCUGUUUC